UUUCAGUUUUCAUGGCUUGGUGUGUAAAUGAUGAAAAUCAACGGAAUAGAACCUGCCCAGGGCUACAGAGUCCUCAUAAGUGUUUGUGUUGGUGGAAGUUACAUUUGUGUACUUGUAUUUCAAUCUGUCCACUGAUUUCUUGCUCUAAUACAGCCCUUUCAAGAAGAAGUUGUUGGGUGACUCUUGAGCCAUAAAACUUCAGUCUGAGAACUUUCAUACUUGUAGCACUGUUUUUUUUCACACAGUGUUUCAUGGUGGUCUCUGUUCCAGUCAUCUGUAUGUAGACCUCUUCUGCUUUCCAUCCUGUGUUCCCACGUGCUGAGCAUGAACAAGCUUAGGUUGCGGUGUGCUGCUUCUGGUAUUUGCUAGCCAUAACUUCAGUUAGUCCCACUCUUGCUCGUCAGGAAGCUUCUCCAGUGAGAUCUUGCAUAUUCAAAUAGAGGAAGCUUAGCAGAACUAUUAUGGGAGUUUUAAAAAAAAAAAAAAAAAUUUUUAAUGAAGCUCUUAGACUUAAUUGUAGGCUUAGAAUGAAGCUAUGCUUGUAGCUUAGGUCUGCCAAGGUCAAAAUGUUACUUCUGAGGUUUACUUACUUGAAACAAAAAUAAUCAAAGGUGGACAUUGAAAUCGGGCUCUCUUUAGUGGAGCCUAGUGAAAGGACAAGGGUCAACAGGCACAAACUGGAGCACAGGAAGUUCCAUACAAACAGAAGGAAAAACUUCACUUUGAAUAUGACAGAGCACUGGUACAGGUUGCCCGGAGAUGUUGUGAAGACUCCUCUGGAGGCAUUCAAUACCUGUCUGGACGCUUUCCUGUGUGACUUACUGUAGGGAAUUGCUAAAGCAGAGGGUUGGUCUUGAUGUCAUCUCCAACGGUUCUUUCCAAAUCGUAUAAUUCUGUGAUUCUAAGUGUGUUUCUUAGAGAUACAGGGCUUUUACCUAUGGUUUUUUGAAACUCCACAGAUGAAGAGAUGGAGACUAGUUACUGAUUUUUAUUUUUUCUGACAUUGGAUAAUGUACUGCAGCAAAUGAUCCCACUGAUGUUACUUGGCAAGUACCAAGUACUGAAAUUGUACAAAGUGAGACAUAAGAUCUCACAGUCAUUUCACGUGUACUUUGAAACGUAAUUUUCUUUUCAUCAUUUAGCACUCUGCCAUCUUAACUCUACUAAAGACUUUGUUCAUUGUAUUUCAUAAAGAGAGUUGAACGAGUGUUGAGGCCAGUUAGCUCCGUGUUUCAUUUGCUUCCUGAAGUGUGUAAUUAUUCCUUGGCAUGACAGUUAUACAUGUGACUUGAGGUAGGCAUGUCUGAAACAUCCCAUUUCAUAGGACAAGUGAUGUGAUAUUUUAACCAGGUACUUUAACUGUUGAAGAAUGAAAAUGGUAGAUAGCCAGAAACUAAUUUUCCUGCAAAACUCCUUAUAAAUAAGCAAGGAGUUUUCUGUGGAAGCAAUGUAAUAUGUCCUGUUAUUAAAUAUCUGCUAUGCAGAAAAUGUGAGGUCUUCUGCGGCACUGACGUUUUCUGAUUCUAGUGUUAUGUUCUGAUUUCUUCAAGUUCAAAUGUUACUUUCUCCUUUCUGAAGCUGUUUUUUCCUACUUCUUGUCUGUGCUGCAGAGAUAAUGUGUUGUUUUUCUGUUUGUACUAAGGUAGAAUUGGAACAUUUGAAAACUCCUAUAGUCUGUGAUUAUCUCCCCCUUUUCACAUCACAGCCUGCUCCCCCUAAGGGAACUGAUUUCCCUGUCCCUUUGGGAUCACCGCUCCUUGGAACAACGGUUGAGAUCAGAGAUGCCAAUGGUUCUGUGGUUCUAGAAGGCGAGGGACAAAUAUUUAUAGGUGGUGAAGAACGCAUCUGCUUUCUUGACGAUGAGAUAAUUGUACCACAGGGCACAAUGAGAGAAACAGGAGAUUUUGUAAGAGUGCAGAAUGCAGAGAUAUUCUUUUUGGGUCGGAAAGACAAUCAAAUCAAACGUCAUGGCAAGCGUUUUAAUAUUGAAUGUUUGCAGCAGGCUGCUGAAGAUCUUUGUCAGGUAGAAGCUUGUGCAGUGACCUGGUAUCAGCAGGAAAAACUUAUCCUAUUUGUGGUUCCCAAGGGUGAUUUAGAAGAGAGAGAAAUUCUUCAUGAACUCCAAAAACAUCUGCCAGCUCAUGGAAUUCCUGAUGAGCUUGUACAGAUUAAAACUUUGCCUUUAACAUCACAUGGCAAAGUUGAUAUAUCUGAACUGAACAAGAUUUACCACUACCAUCUAAGAUCCAGAAGGCGUGACAGUAAGCUGAGUGGCGCAGAGGAACUGUGGGAAAGAUUGCAGUAUUUAUGGAAGUCCAUUCUGGAUCUCCUAGAUGAUUCAAGUGGAAUUCCUAAAGAUGCAGUAUUUUUGCACAGUGGUGGAGACUCUUUAAAAGCACUACAGUUUCAUGAUGAAAUUGAGAUGCUAGUAGGCAGAGGUGUUCCUGGGCUCCUUGAAGUUCUUCUUAGCCGCUCAAUUGAGGAGGUUUAUAAGCAUAUUCUUAAAACUCUGUUUCCAGAUGAAGACCAACUAAUAAAUGAUGACAAUGUUUUGAAAAGAAAGCUAAGUAACAACAGUGGAGAGGAAAUUCACAGAAAAUAUGCUAAACUGAAAUCUGAAGGAUAUCUUAAUGUCACUCCAGGAUUAAUUUCAUUUAUAGCACUGAGAAGAGGAAAUCAUUUUUUUUCUAUGGAUUUCACCAACUCUUUUAUGCAACCCAGUAGUACAGUACAGGUGGGAGGGGAGUCAGUACAACAACCAUCCUUUUUGCGUGCCGUGACUCCAAGUAUAACAAAAAGCCACGUGCAAGGGCAUGAAAAGGAGAACAGGACUUUAACAAUUACCAACAAAGAAGAGAAAACUGACUGCUGCUCUGUGCAGCAAAUCUGUGCAGAAUGCAAUCAUGUAACAACAGCAGAGUUGGCAUUACGCACAAGAUGGAAGUCAAAUACAAGAAAAUGUGUUGAUGCAUCACCGUUGAUUGUAAUAUCAUCUAAAGAUGAAGAAUCUGCAUCUGUAUUUGUUGGCUCUCACUCUCACACAAUGCAGGCUAUUGAUCUAGAUACAGGAGAAGUGAAAUGGGAGAAGAAUCUUGGAGAUCGUGUUGAAUCUUCUGCCUGUGUAUCGAAGUGUGGAAAUUUCAUUGUUGUUGGUUGUUAUGAUGGCUUAGUGUAUGUGCUCCAAAGCACUGAUGGAGAAACAUACUGGACUUUUGCCACAGAAGAUGCUGUGAAAAGCUCUGCAGUGGUAGAUCCUUCCAGUGGAUUAGUCUACGUAGGAUCGCAUGACCAGCAUAUGUAUGCUUUGGAUAUUUAUGAAAAGAUGUGUGUAUGGAAAUUGCAUUGUGAAGGUGGAGCUGUGUUUUCAUCUCCUUGUCUGAGCUCUUUUCCACAUCACGUUUAUGUUGCUACACUAGGAGGACUGUUACUGGCUGUCAACCCGGUGACAGGGAAUAAGAUUUGGAAGAGUUUUCUGGGAAAACCACUUUUCUCUUCUCCUCACUGCAAUGAGAAGUGUGUUUGUAUUGGAUGUGUGGAUGGAAACUUAUACUGUUACAGUCAUUGUGGAGAAAAGGUUUGGCAGUUUUCCACUAAUGGACCAGUGUUUUCAUCUCCGUGCAUCUCAAGCUUAACUAAGCAAGAAGUAUUUUUUGGAUCCCAUGAUCACUUUAUUUACUGUUGUAAUACAGAGGGUGAUUUACUGUGGAAAUUCAAAGCCACUUCAAGUGUAUAUGGAACGCCAUUUGUUUUCCAACGUAAUGACUCAAAGAACAAAGUUCUUUUGGCAGCAGUAUCUACAGAUGGCAAAGUGUGGAUCUUGAAUGCUAGGAGUGGAACAGCAGAAGGAACAGAUACGCUUCCAGGAGAGGUUUUCUCAUCACCUGUAGUAUGGGGAACAAAGCUUGUUGUUGGCUGUAGAAAUGAUUAUGUCUAUUGCCUAGAUUUGUACGUAACAGGAAAAAAGGAACAAGGAUGUUAGACUGCUGCUGCUUAAUUGUUUACAUUUGUAAAUUAAGAACUUGAAGACACUGUCUACCUCUCUGCCUAUUUUGCUUUAGGCAAAAGCUGCUUUGUGCAGCUUUCUCAACAUUUUGCACCACUGCAAAGGCAGGUAAGUGAUGUUUGUUGGCUUGCUGUACUGACUGAAGGAUGACUGCUCAGCACUAGCCACAGGUUUCACUGUCCCUCCCUCAUUUCCCUGCCCAGACUGAAGAAAGAAAGAGUGUUUCAAGUUGUUUGGAUCUGAGUGUUGUGCUUUUACCUGUGUAGCAGGAAAAUGAAAGUCAGUAGUUUGGCUUCAAGUACUUGUAUGGUUGGAAGAAACUCUGGUAAGGUGCCACACUGUGUGACUGGAAUUAACAUUCUUGUCUCCCUGAGGGAGGAAUGUAUUCCUUUCUGUGAAUCCUAAGAUGCUAAGGUAGCCAACAUUCUUUGUUCAGUCUAACUUUUAAUUGAUUUCUGAGAAGGUAGCCUGCAUUCUGUGUACAUAAUUAAUAUUAAUAAUCUACAGCAAGUUGGGGCCCUCCCUGGCUUCGCUUCAUCUGAGUCUCUAUUUUUCUCUAUGGAAGUCAGCACUAGUCACUUACUGUAUUCUAAAGUGUCUAUUAGGUGUCAAUGACAGUUCCCAUAUGAGUUCCUAGAUGGGGUAUGCUGUGUUCAAAUCAAAGCCUGCCAAGCUAUUUUUGAAGAAAUUUCAAUUAAUGCUAACUAUAGUGUUUACAGAGUGCUAUUCAUAAGGGAUUAUAUAGGUUUUUUUGUUAUCAUAAACAUCUUAAAAAGAAUUACUUAAAAAGAAUCAGUAAUGCAAAGCAAGGAUUUGCAGACAGAAGCACUCUUAACUCAAGAGUAUCUUCCUGAUUACAACCUUCUUAAAAAGCUAUUGUAGAAGCUAUCAGUCAUCUCUCCCCUUCUUGAAUCAUCUCCUUCAAAUUCUAACAUUCUGAGUUAGUUAAAAAGUAAGUGAAGUUGCAGAGGCUACAUUACAUGUCUCAUUCAUCCAUUUUACUGUUAGGAGACAGGCACAGGCAGGACACUUGUAGUAGCAUCAGUUCUGUUAUAAAGCAAACCUGAAGUACACAGACAGCAAAAAGAGACACAGAAUUGAUACAUCCCUGAUAAUUUUGACUGGGUUAUAGUUUAAUUAGAAUUAAAAUGACAUUAGUAUAAUAAACAAUUGCACUUUAAAACAUUUGAAAAAUUAAAAAAGUACACAACAAAUACCCCACAAUUAUACAUCUUAUAGUUUUUUUAUACAUUACUAUAUGAACAUAGAGGUUAAUCAUAUAUAACCUGGUCAGAAGGAAUGCUAUUAAUAUGUAUAAGUUACAAAAAUUGAGACAAUAUACUACAUAGUGGUUUGUUUGGUUUUUAAAACAUUUUUGUGUUUUAAAGUCAGAAGUAAUGGUUUGUGGUGGUUGGGUUUUAUUUGUUGUUGCGUUGUUGUUGUUUUUAAACAGAUUUCCAACACUUUAUCAGAAACAGCUGCAACAAAGCUAAAGCAAAGUAACACUUCACUUCAUUGGUAUUUAGUGCAAAUUUUUGUUAGUUUAUCAUGAAAUGUCACUGUUGAACAUGUAUGUUUUAGAAAUGUUUCCAUCAGGUUCUGUACGUAUUACAGAUUCUAUUAUUACACUAGAUACCUUUAUGGUUGAAAAAACAAUCUGGUUUGAAGCUUUA